GUGUCAUCAAUUGUGACAUUUCUUGGCAGGCUAAUAAGAGGCUAGAUGAUGUAAAUUAUGUAUGUGGACUAGCUGAUGGGAAGGUGUGAACUUUUUCGUGGAAAAAAAAUGUCCUUUGAAUAGCUUGACUUCAGCAGACAGCGACUGUGAAUCAUUUUUGUUUUGUUCCGUGGAAUCUUGAGACUGUAUGUCAUCACAUUUAACAGACAGAGCCAGCUGCGCCCUUCUUAACUGGAGAUUUAUUUGAGGAUACUGUAGCCGCGGAAGUUUGUAUUAAGUGGAAUACUUUCCAUGAACGCUCAGUGUGGAAACUGUGCUUUAGGGAUUGUAUCCAUGUCGUGAGUAAGUCACAGUUUCUGGGAACUAUAUUUCGGAUGGGCCAAGUUUCAGUGCCACCAGCCAGUGGGUUGGGAAAUGAGGUUUCUCAGGACCCAUGGGGUGCAUGCGUCUCUUUUCUUGGCACCAAAUCAAUUUUGUAGUGUGUAUGAAAUGGUAUGACCAUGACUUGAUAAGGAGAGUUGUGAAAUUUCUUUUGAGACGGUGAACUUGAUGAACUUCUUUUUGACCUGCGUGGUAUGCCAGACUGAUAGGGACUGCCAUAGCAAACUGUGGCAUGUUGAUGGUAUUCAACACCCAUUACAUGUCGAAUCUCCAUGAGCUUAUCUGUGGAGUUGUUUAUGUUCAACUUGACAUGUCACAUACACAUAAUUGUCAUGAGUUUUUCAACCAUUGUUCAGUGUUUGUCAUUUGAUACCCAUUUUGACAUUGAAUUGACUAUUGUAGGUCCAUAAAUUGUUUGCCAGUGACUAGUAGUUCGACCUCACUGCUUAAGAAAGGCCUUCCUAUAGUCGGACUGCAUGGAGAUGUGUCAUCCGUAGCAAAUCCCAACCUUCAGGCUGUUUUGUCACGCGCUGAUCGUUGUUGCUCCAGUCUCUCUCUAACUUUUGGUGGGAUAUCACUCCGUGACGACAUUAUCGCUUUCAUCAUCAUUGCAGCGGGAAAAAAAUAAAACUCUCAAGAGAGUGCCGGGCACUAAGUGGUCAGUAUAUAAAGUCCGUUGCCGACCCGUUAUCAUCAUCGCCCAUGACACUAAACUGUGCUUUCAUGCGGCCGUACGGGGCCCACUUACCCUGUCGCUCUCAGCGUACGCGUACGCCCAGCAACCUGAGUCCGGUUUCCCCGUUGCUGUCGCCGUACCACCGGGAUCGCAAUCAGCCGCUCAGCCCGCACGACGGAGGAGAGAUGUCACGCUUGGGUCUGAAGAUACGCAAGCUCUCUGAGCCGGUAUUCAGCUUCGAUGUCGAGAAUGGCGCAUCACCGAGUCGCAGCCCAGGCAUCGACGCCGCCAGCCCUUCCUCGGGGCUCAUUCUCUCGGCCAACCUGCCACAGAGGAGAGAGUCCUUUCUCUACCGGUCAGACAGCGAUUUUGACCUUUCGCCGAAAUCGAUGUCCAGAAAUUCAUCCAUCACAAGUGACUGUCACAAUGCAGAGGACGUGAUCGUCACACCAUUUGCUCAAAUUCUUGCCAGCUUGCGGAGUAUCCGUAAGAACUAUGCCUCUCUCACAGGGUUACCAUCCAAUUUUAAUAGCAGGCAGUCGCCAAAAGACAAGUUACAUCAAAUCAAGCCCAACCCACCCAAUGUUGAUGACAACUAUGCGAAGUUGGCGCUGGAAACCAUGGAAGAACUGGACUGGUGUCUGGAGCAGCUGGAAUCCAUGCAGACACAUCGAUCUGUCAGCGAUCUGGCUACCAGUAAAUUCAGACGAAUGCUCGGCAGGGAACUUUCAGCAUUCUCGGAGACCAGUAAAUCGGGCAACCAAGUAUCAGAGUUUCUAUUAAGCACAUAUAUAGACAAGCAUCCGGACAUCGACCUGCCGGUCCAGCCGCUGCGCGAUGCCCCCUCGCCGUCCCCGAUCCCCAAGAACGCCCCCUCCAGGUCGGACAGCAAAGGCCUGACGGCGGCGUCGGCGGCGACACGGCGGAGCAUCGAUGCAAGCAAGAGCAUCAAGACCAUCCCUAAGCUGAAACACCAUAACAGCCUGACGCAGGACGUGGUGCCGCGCUUUGGGGUGUCCUACGAGAAAGAGGAGGACAUGGAAAACGAAAUGGCUAACGUGGAUCGGUGGGGAUUUGACGCUUUCAAGAUUGAUCAUCUAACAAACCACAAACCGCUCACGGCAGUCACCUUCACGAUUCUACAAGAGAGAGGCUUAUUAAAAACAUUUCAGAUUCCCCAGAAGACGUUAAUAGCGUAUGUCAUGACGCUAGAGGGCAACUACAAUAAGGAUGUCAAGUAUCAUAACCAGAUCCAUGCUGCAGACGUUGUCCAGUCAACCAACUACCUUCUUUCAGCGCCAGCACUUGAGAAUGUAUUCACCGACAUUGAAAUCUUAGCAGCAUUAUUUGCAGCAGCAAUACACGACGUGCGCCAUCCGGGAUUGAACAACCAAUUCCUCAUCGCAUCAAGUUCGGAACUUGCAAUCUUGUACAACGACGAGUCGGUCCUAGAGAACCACUCGGUGGCGGUGGCGUUCAAGUUACUGCAGCUGGAGAACUGCAGCUUGUUUGAGACGCUGACGAAAAAGCAGCUGCAGCAACUCCGAAGACUAGUCAUAGACAUGGUUUUAGCGACUGACAUGUCCAAGCAUAUGAGCUUGCUGGCGGACUUGAAAACCAUGGUAGAAUCCAAGAAAGUGGCCGGGUCAGGAGUUUUAUUACUCGACAACUACAACGACCGAAUGAUGGUUUUAAAGAACUUGGUUCACUGUGCGGAUCUGGGGAACCCCACCAAGCCGCUGGACAUCUAUCGCAAGUGGACGGAGCGAGUGAUGGAGGAGUUCUUCCUGCAGGGUGACCUGGAGAGACAAAAAGGAAUGGAGGUCAGCCCCAUGAUGGACAGAUAUAACGCCUCCGUCGAGAAGUCGCAGGUUGGCUUCAUCGACUUCAUCGUUCACCCCUUGUGGGAGACGUGGGCCGACCUGGUCUACCCAGACGCCCAAGAGCUCCUGGACAACCUCGAGGAGAACCGAGACUGGUACAGCAGCCAGAUCCGCAACAGCCCCACGCCGACGUCCGAGGAGGACACCAUCAAAGAAACCGACGAAGACGAGAAGUUCCAAUUCGAGAUGUCGCCGGUGGAGCGGCCGGACGUCACCAAGAACAACCUCGACAACGCUCCUCCCCCAAAGAAGGAUUCCUUCAAGAAAGUCACGGUGUCGGGCGACACGGGAUCGAGAUCCAACUCGAAGGAGUUCUCGCAUCCGGAGGUGGUGGAGACAGACGCCUGCGAGUACAAGUUUGCAAAGUUGAAGGAGAAGUCGUCGAAAGAGACAGACUUAUAAUGGGGUACACAGCGUCCUCCCAUUGACACUUUUCACCCGUUGUAUAUUAUUAGUGCAGUUUAUUUAUAUUUAAACGAGUGUGCAGAGAGAAGUCUUCACAACGUUAUAGUUGCUUUUAAAAUGAAAAAAAAGUGGAUUUGAAAAGCUUUUGAAAACAUUGCUGCCAAUUUAACAGAAAUCACCCUUAUUUAUAUUAAACGCAGACAUUAUAGAUUUUGUUUUCGUUUUGUCUAAUGCACAGCCUGAUUUUGUGCUUUCCUUCACCGUUUUGCACAUUGAUAAAAGUUGAACGAUUUUAGAGAUUUGCAUGAAUAAUUGAGAAGUUAACGCGGCACUGCGGUUUCUGAUCUGCUAUCGCUGCAGUGAGCACUUUGAAUAUGCUGCAUGUGUUGCUGAUGAUAUUCCAGUUAGAAAAAUAGGGUCAACCAGUGUCAUCACUAGCUAAGAUGCCCCCCACUUCUUGCUUCAGCUUGCCACACCUCUUAUGGGCUACCCAGGACCACCAUCACUUGGCUGUUCACCCAGCUAUGCCAGUCACCUACGCUUCAGGAUAUGUUUUCAGGCCUGCUUGGCCGGAUUUCAUUGGACGAAAUGAGCCUGAAAUGAUACCGUAGAAUUGCAGUACGGACAAAAUACACCUUGGAAUCAUGUGACCUGCAAAAUACACCUUGGAAUCAUGUGACCUGCAAAAUAGGCCUACCGUACACCUUGGAAUCAUGUGACCUGCAGAAUGCACCUUGGAAUCAUGCGACUCGCAAGCUACACCUUGGAAUCAUGUGACCUGCAGACUCUACCCUAGGAUCAUUUGAAAUUGAUCUUAGGAUCAUGUGACCUGCAUAAUAUGCCUUGGAAUCAUGUGACCUGCAAAAACACCCUGGAAUCAUGUGUCCUGCAAUAUGGAGUGCCGAAAGUGAAUACGUCACGUGCACAAAACGUGUGUAAAAGACAUUAGCGCGUGAUUCAGCCUGAGAACCAACAUGUGCGCGUACUCCAUUCGUUUGCACUACACUUUCUGGUUCUAAAUGACGUCAAACUUCGGUACUCCGUUCACCUUGGAAUCAUGUGACCUACGAAAUUCACCUUGGGAUCAUAUGACCUACAAAAUAAGCCGCCAGUUCAGUAUUUCGAGUAAACCGCUCUUGAGACAUUCUUGACGAUAUUAAUGUUCAUCAGAAGAAUGCAACUUUAUGUACAGCCAAAAUUAGCACACAUGAAUUUGCUGCAGUAGGACCACCGCCCUCGUUAGUUUCAUUCCUGCCAGUUCAGGGGGCAAACGUCACUGCACUGACCGUAGGUUUUCGUGUGAUAUGUUCUACAAAGCAAUAGAUAAUUCUCGCCCACAGGAUAGGAGUAACACUAUGGAUGCAUCAGUGGUUCUGUGUUUAAUUAUGUAGAAACACAUGUUUUUUAAACGCCAUGGCCAGUUAUGAUGGUUCACUAGCUAGCUUUUAAAGAUUUAUUGGAUCGCAGCCAAACAGAUUCUCUAAAUUGUUACUGAUGUUCACCAGUGUCAAAAAAUCAUACAUCUUUUUAGCAAUGGACACUAAAGGAUAACUUAGCAUACUUUACUGGUUAGUGAGGAAUUUUGGCUUAUGUACAUGCAUACAACCCGUAACUAAGGAUUCUGUGCUUACAGGGUUAGCACAGAAUUUUUCUGCUAGCGCUGUUAGCACAGAAUGGUGAUCGUAAGCGCGGAAUUCUGUGGUUAGCAGCCAUGAAAUGGCCCUGUUUCGUCCAAGUAGAAGAAUUGGGCCCGGGAUACCAGUACAGAAUUUCACUGAAAAUGAGCCGAAAUUUAUGUGUAACAUUUGAACUCUUUUGCAUGGACCUUUGAAGUAUUUGAACAGCAUUCUAAUUAUUGUUUUUGUGUACAGUGACGCUGCCAAUUUUCUUUUUCCUUAUUUAGUACCCCAAAAAGAACGUUUGGAGUAUUAGUAUUUAUGAAAAGACAGCAUUAAUUUAUUCAAGUGUUUACAUCACCACGGAACAGAUUGUGACGAUAUCUCUGAACUUUCAGAUUUAGUUUCAGAUAUUUUCACUUGAACAAAGAAAUUGACUGGAGCGGGGUUUGAACCUGCAGACCUUCGGAUUGCCAUCCCGGUGCUCUACCAACUGAGCUAUCGAGCCCUAUGUUGGCAGUUCCCCAUUUUGUCAAUGCCUUUGUUCAAGGGACAUGUAGUUCUUGAUAACAUUUCAAAGUUUGUAUUCAGAAACGGCAAAAUUAGAUUAAUUUGGUUUGAGGCAGGAGCAAGAUGAAACGCAGGUUCUCAGUAUUGUCGACUUAUUCUCACCGAUUGAUCCUGCUGAAGACGAAAUGGCUGGUGCAUAUGUGAUGCGCUCAAGCUUAAGGAGUUGUUUGUCGGGAAUUUUCAUUUGGAGAUACAGGCCAAAAUAGGGCCACUUCAUCACAUCACUUCAUCACAUCUCUUGGUGUUCCGACUUCCAUAAUUUUUGAAAUAAAGAUGGUAUCAGCAUACGGUUUUCACAGCAGUAAUGCUGAGAUUGUUCUCUUAUCAAAUCUGUAAAAUUGACCAGGGGCGACAAACGACUCAUUUAGCUUGAUGGCAUCACAUAUAUUGGUUGCCCUUGUAUCAUUGGACUUUAGAGGUUUGAAAAUACUGGAAAUAAAUUGAAGAGGGAUAAGCUCCAGUUUGACAAUAGACAUUUUUUUAAAAAAUUUUUAGAAUUUUUUUUGGGGCUUAAAACUUGUUAAAAAGAAUUCCGCAUUCUGCAUGUUACCUUAAAAUUGAUUUUAAGAAUGUUAAAACAAAUUUGGCACAGCUGCAAUAACUUGACGUUCUUGAAAUGAUAUAACUUUUGUUGCAUCUCUUUAAAUUAAUACUAAAAUGAUUUUCUUAUCUUUGGUAAAAUGGGUUUUGGCACUGGUUUGCAUGUUCCAUUUUCUCCAUGUAUUCAACUUGCAAAAAAACUGCAACUUUUUUGUUGGUCGACUUUAAAUUUGGAGUUCCUUUGACAACUUAAUUAUUUACCGAGAUGUGUGCGCUUGGACAGUUAGUAAAUAACAAGAUUUCGAAGUAUUUA